UAAAGAAUAUAAAACACAUAAAACCAGAUGAAUCAUUGGUUUUUAUGACAGGAUCUGUUCAAAAACGGUUUUUAACGGGUUAUUUUGGCCAAUUUUCAGAUAUCUAUGAAACAUUAAGAUCAUCAAAAAUUAAAGAAGAAAGAAAUACAGGAUUUUAUGAGAGUGAAAUGAAGCUCGUAGAGCCAGAGAUGUCACAUCUAACAUAUAAUAUCCGUAAAUUAUUUAAUUCGUGCAAUCCUAUACUUUAUAAUGUAGCGAAUUAUUAUAUUGAAACACAAGGAAAACAUGUUCGGCCAUUAGUAGUUCUUUUGAUAUCAAAAGCUACUAGUAUUGCGCCGAAGAUUGAAAACUGGGAAGAUGUGCUGUAUAAUAAAUAUAAUGAACCUAUAUCAUCAUCAAAUAUAGUGAAUGAUGAAGAUCCAGACAAGCCAUUAUCAUCGUAUGAAAUCUCGAUGAAUAUGGCGGAAACAGAUAUAUAUCCAUCUCAAAGAAGAUUGGCAGAGAUUACGGAGAUGAUUCAUACAGCAUCAUUGUUACAUGAUGAUGUAAUUGAUAAUUCACAUAUUAGAAGAGGGAUGCCUAGUGGAAACCAUGUAUUUGGGAACAAAAUGGCGGUAUUAGCGGGAGAUUUUCUUCUUGGAAGAGCGUCACUUGCAUUGGCACGUUUAAGAAAUGCAGAAGUAAUUGAACUUUUAGCUACGGUGAUUGCAAAUCUUGUAGAAGGAGAAAUUAUGCAAUUAAAAGGGAUUAUGGACAAGGAGGAUAAUGAAUAUUUUCAUUUUAGGGAUAUAUUAAGUAAAUAUCUGAAAAAAACAUAUUUAAAAACAGCAAGCUUAAUAGCAAAAAGUUGUCGAGCUACAACAUUAUUAGGUGGAUGUACUAGUGAAAUUACAGAUAAUGCUUAUUUGUAUGGAAAAAAUCUUGGGUUAGCGUUUCAGUUAACGGACGAUAUGUUAGAUUACACAAUUUCUGAAGAUACAUUUGGAAAACCUGUAAAAAAAGAUUUAAAACUUGGAUUAAUAACAGCACCAGUUUUAUUUGCAUGGGAAAAAUAUCCUGAAUUAGGACCAGUUAUAAAACGAAAAUUCUCUAAUGAUGGAGAUAUAUGUCGAACACAUGAAUUAGUCAUAAAAAGUAACGGUUUGCAAAAAACAAAAGAAUUAGCCGAAAAAUUUUGCAACAAAGCAUUAGAUUCUCUUAAUCUAUUUCCAGUGUCACCUUCUCGACAUGCACUAGAAGAAUUAACAUAUAAGAUUCUAAACAGGGCAAAAUAAUCAAUUAUUAAACGUAUCAAGAUUAUCGAAUAAUUGCAUACUU